ACUAGAUCUUGGAUGGUUUGUGUUGGCGAAGUGGUUGUGAGGGAAGACGGUGAAGCGUGGAAGCCGUAAAAUUAAGCGUUUAAUUGUUUACAAGACUGUGAUAUGGCGGCUAGUGAAACCGUCGUAGACGAGCUGGGACCCAAACGAUCGCCCUCUGAGACGGACAGAAGAAAGCAGGGCAUGGAAUCGUCAAAAUCACCCAGAAGUUCUAAACACCAUCACUCAAGAUCAAGGUCGCGUUCUAGAGAUCGAAAACGCAAAUCAACUGACAAGAAGCACAGACGAAGUCGGAGCAGGAGCAAAGAGGCACGGAGGAGGGACUCCGACAAGCCCUCUAAAUCGCACAAGCCCGAGGAGUCGCACGAGCGGGAUCAGGUGGAGAAAGGGCGGGAGAGGCUGUCGGCUGAGAACGGAGAGGAGAGGCACAGACGCAGAGACGGCAAGCCCUGCCGCGGCAGGAGCCACUCCAGAUCGCGGUCACGAGAGAGGCGUCAUCGCAGCAGAAGCAGAGAUAAAAGACGGUCCCGUUCCCGAAGCCGGGAUAGGCGGUCGAGGAGCCGGGACAGGAAGCGACGGGCUCGGAGUCGCUCAGGAUCACGGAGCAAGCACAGGCACCGGAGCAAGAGCCGCAGCAAGAGCAAGGAAAGGAAAAAGAGAAGCGAGAAAGUGCGCAGAAAGAGUCGCAGUCGAUCCGUGAGUCCCCCAGCCUUCCGGGGCAGAAACACUGCCAUGGACGCACAGGAAGCCCUGGCCAGAAGAUUGGAGAGGGCAAAGAAGCUACAGGAGCAGAAGGAGAAGGAGAUGCUGGAGAAACAACAGCAGCAGCAGGAAAUAGUCGCAGUGGCCGGUCCUCUCCUGUGUGACCCUGUGGUGGCAGCCAGCAGCAGUUCGGUAUUAAACGUGGCGGCACUCCUGGCCUCGGGGACACAGGUCACACCUCAGAUUGCCAUGGCAGCUCAGAUGGCAGCCCUGCAGGCCAAAACCCUAGCAGAGACCGGCAUUGCUGUACCCAGCUACUACAACCCAUCUGCAGUCAACCCCAUGAAGUUUGCAGAGCAGGAGAAGAAGCGGAAGAUGCUCUGGCAGGGGAAAAAAGAAGGGGACAAGUCACAGACAGCUGAGCUAUGGGAAAAGCUGAACUUCGGAAAUAAGGACCAAAAUGUCAAAUUCCGCAAGCUGAUGGGCAUUAAAGGGGAAGAGGACGGCGGUGCUGCAGGCGUGAUCAAUGAGGAAGGUUUAAAAACCCUGCAGCAGCAGGAGGAAAUGUUCAGAAACCUGGACGUCCAAUAUGAAAUGGCCAGGUCUCAGACCCACACCCAGAGAGGAAUGGGGCUGGGCUUUUCCUCGGCCUUCUCCUCUCGAGGGAUGGACACUAUAUAACGUUGCACAUUUUCCGUCUCUACGUAGCCUUUCCACAGCGCUGAGAACUGUUCAAGCUUUGUGUUCUGGUGUAAAAGUCUGUUUACUGAAUAAAAAGCUAGUAGUCUAGCUUGCAUGGAUGCUGCAUUGAAUUUGUAACUUAUUGGGAGAAACAAUCUCACAUCUCAAGUAAUCUGUAAAUAGGCGAGUGCUGAUUUAGCCUCAGCAGUUGGAUUCUGUACACCUUUUUAAAAUGAUGCAGUGGUUUCAUAUGGGCAGAGCCAGGGGAUUGUACAGGGCUAGAGAAUUGUAAUGGCUAUGUCCCCUGCUUUUUGUACUAAAAUUGUAUAUAUUUUCUUUUGUUUUAACAUGAAUGAAACAUAUAGAUGUAAAGUGGACGGCUUCAUUUGUUUCCAUUUGAGUUCCAGUGGCAUAAGCCAACUGAAAAAGUCAUAGAAUGUGUAGCAUUUCAUUGGAAGACCUUCGGCCCAUUUAGUCCUUGCUUGAGGAAUAAAGGAAGAGGGAGCAUUAUCUAGUGGGUUGGCUCUGUAUUUCCACUAAUGGCAUGACUGCAAGAACCAUAAAAUGGCCUUUGUACGAGCUAUAUUUACUUAAAUAAAGAAUACAACCUUUGGUUUUCUGGAUACACAUUACUGCUGAUUUUCCAGAUCAAUGUUUUUUCGUUUUUUUUUUUUUGCCUUUUCCACAAUCAUUGCUACCGUAUGAAAAUAACUGGAUGGCAAAAGUGAUAUUUGGGUAAUGUGUUAACUUCAGGUAGCUUUGUUUAGGCAAUAACAAAUAUGCCCUGAUUUAAAUUUGUUUGCAGUAAGACAGCUGUAUUUGUUAAGGCCUUAUUACUCCAUUUUAGGACAUUAAGAGCUGAUUUAAUGUGCAUCAGGACUGUCAACAUUAAUGCAUUCUUUGUGCUAUGCAUUGAGACAAUGUCGCCUUAAUGUUAAAACAGGAACUGUUGAUUUUUUUUUUUUUUACCUCACCAUAUUUGUUUUCCAUAAGCACUGUCAUCUCAAAAAAAUAUACAGCCAAUGGUUAAUAAAGCACACACGUUAGCAUGGCAUAUCUACUACAGCAGUGCCUUGCGUAGCCUUUACUAAGACAAUGGCUCAAAAUGUAGACCAAAUGUUCUAAUUUUGAUUGAUGUAUGGUAACAGAAUAUUGUUCUGAGUUCUGAAAUGUAGUUUAAUAGAUUUUUGAGUAUAAUAGCUUUUAGAAUAAGGUAUAGUGUGUCCAUAUCCACCUAAUCUGUCCAACCGAAGGAAAGUUAACUCAUACAUCACUAGGUAUUUGUCCUAGAUCCCUUUGGAUUCUAAACAACGGUGACUAACCUGCCAAUUCCGGAGGCAGAAUUUGUCAGUGUCAUUGUCAAGGGUCACUGCAAAAAUGCUUUUGAAAUUGGACCUGAUUUGUGUAUGAUUUGUGAACACGUUUUUAUUUCCCAUCUGCUUAUUAAUUUGUAUAUGACAUAUUUUACACUUGACCCGAGGAAGUGAUGGAAUAGCUAUUUUGCAGAACAAACUGCAGCUCUGCUAGUUUGUUGUAAAGUGCUUCUGGUGAUAUGACCGGAAUAAUCUGGGCAAUCCUUGCUGAAGAGCUCCCUCAAAUUUGCCUAUGCUGUAACAGCAUUAUGUGAAUCACACAGCCCAACAAUAGCAUUGACCCAAUUCGAAAGGGAUGUGUCUUUUCCAUUCAGUCUAUGGAGCCACAUAUGAGGUACUUGAGCCACAGGUUGACCACUCCUGCAAUUACUAAAGUUGAAAGUUUUUCCAUCAGUGCUUCUGUCGGCCCAAACUACAGUAGGAGUUGACAAGAUGACUGCUUAGCUAUCAUGAUAUAAAGUUUAAACAGUUCUACCAUCAAUUGUGCUGUAUGUAUUUUUU